AUGCCACCAAGGACUCAACAUCAGUUGCAGCAGCAGCAGUCACAGGCUUCGAAGAAGAAGUUGAAUAGUAAGCACAAGCGCAUGGUUAACGUAUGUCAGAUGUACUUCUUGGACUACUACUGUGAUUACUUUGACUACAUCAUCACGAGAAGGGAGCGUACGAAGACGGUGCUCAACAACUUGCACAGAUCGCAAAACCCUGACAUGGAGUGGAGAUCGUACGUAAACAACGAGACCGCGAUGUUGCGUAAGAGAAGACUGAAACCAAAGAACAAAGACUUUGAGAUAAUCACGCAGAUUGGUCAAGGUGGUUACGGCCAGGUUUACUUGUCGAGAAAGAGAGACACCAGGGAGAUCUGUGCCUUGAAAGUGAUUUCCAAAUCCAUGAUUGUGAAGAUGAACGAGACUGAUCAUUUGCUCACUGAAAGGGAGAUCUUAGCAGCUUCUAGAAGCGACUGGUUGGUGAAGUUGUUGUACUCCUUCCAGGACACUGAAAGCGUGUACUUGGGUAUGGAGUUUGUCCCUGGUGGUGAUUUCAGAACGUUGUUGAGUAACUGUCGCACCCUUUCUCCUGUUCACACAAGAUUCUACAUGGCUGAGAUGUUUGCAGCAUUGGACGACCUUCACAAGACAGGAUUCAUCCAUAGAGACUUGAAGCCAGAGAACUUUUUGAUCGAUGGCAAGGGCCAUUUGAAAUUGACAGAUUUUGGAUUGGCAUGUGGUACCAUUGCUGACGAAAGAAUUCAGUCAAUGAAGAUCAGAUUGGAGAAGAUUGGCGAUAAGUUCACUGCAAAUCAGGGACUGCAAAGGUCAAUGCAGGAGAGAAGAAGAAUAUACCAGACUUUGAGAGAAAACGAUCUCAACUAUUCCAAAUCGGUAGUUGGAUCGCCAGACUAUAUGGCCAUCGACAUUGUCAAAGGUUACGCCUACGAUAAAACAGUUGACUAUUGGUCCUUGGGCUGCAUGCUCUUUGAGUGCUUGUGUGGGUUUUCUCCAUUCAGUGGUGAAUCCACUGAAGAGACGUAUUCGAAUUUGAAGAACUGGAGAACGUACUUCCGUAGACCAAGAAAUAACGAUGGAACAUAUGUCUUUAGUGACAGAACUUGGGACUUGUUAGUUCAUUUGAUUGCAGAUAGUCAACAGAGAUACAAGAACUUUGAACAGGUGAAGAGAUGCCACUAUUUCCAUGGUGUCAAUUUUGACAACAUCAGAGAUAGAUCACCGCCUUUCGUCCCUUCAUUGGACUCCGAUCUUGAUGCUGGCUACUUUGACGAUUUCGAUAAUGAAGGAGAUAUGGCAAAGUACGCCGAAGUCUUCAACAAGCAAAAGCAUGUACAAAAGCUUGCAGGCCAGAGUAAUAUCAAACCACCAAACUUUGUUGGAUUCACGUUCAAGCAUAAGGGAGAGCUGAGUAAUAUCAGAAGUAUGUUUGAAACCAAUCACAGAGAUCCAUUCUCUACGCUAUAUUGA